AUGGUCGUGCUCGCACCUCGUUUCGCCCCGCUCCUUGCCUUUGCAACUUCUCUGGCCGCAGUGAAUGCGCUCCCGUAUAAUCCAGAGACAGAAGCACUAGGCAAUGUUCCCUUCCCUGCACUGGUUCCUCGUCCUGGCGAAUUGGAGGCCCGAGGACACCGUCACCAUCACCACCACCACCAUCAUCACCAUCAUCAUCACCACAAGCACAAGCAUAAUGGAAGGGAUCUCGAAGCCUUGGAUAUUGUGGAAGGCAUGGAAGACGAGGAUACUCCUGAACUUCGUGUUCCGCAGAAGCGCCGCAGUGGGAAUCCCCUUCGGCUUGAACGGAGAAAACACCGCCAUGAUACCAAGGUAUAUGCAGACGAUCCGGUCGUUAUUUCAGGUGACCAUAACCAUGUUCACACCCAUACGCAUGGCGGCCAUGGACACAAGCACAAGCAUGGACACCACGGACACGGACAUGGUACCAAGGUCUAUGCAGACGACCCUCUGAUCAAACGUUCAGGGGUAUGUGAAGGCUCGAGCCUGCUCGAGAUGUCUCAUACUCCCAUGUCUGGAUUCGCGUUUGAUUCGCCGGGGGCUUGGCGCGGCUUUUCGCACUCGGCACCUGGUACCGUGGAUUUGAAGCGAGAUUUGAGUUUGGAGACGGAGAGGAAACGUCGUGGGGACCAUCAGCACCGGGAGGGAAGGUCUCUGGAACUUACUAUGGCUACCAAGCGUGGUUUGUUGGAUAAUUUGGUCCCUCUAUUGGCUCCUGUUCCUGGAAUCGCGGGGGUUAUCGAUAUCGUGGGAGGUCUUUCUCAUGCAGUGUUGAGCGAGUCGCUUGCAUCAUUAAUCAUCGCACCCAAACCUAGUGCUGCCGCGAUGGGCAUACAGUCGGCCGACGGUGAACAACUGCCUGGUUAUCCAAUUAACGCAAGCAAUUCGACUUCGACUACAAUGUAUUUGGUCCCUCAAGACGGGACGCAGGCUAAUCUUGGACCCACGAAGAAGCCUGUGCUAGUCACGAUGCCUAUGCUUCAAACUAAGGAUAACACUGUCAAGUUAUAUUGCGCUAGUUAUGACCCAAACUCGGCAUCUCCGUCACAACUUACGUCUCAGCCGUGUAUUUACAACCCGAAUGCGGGCCUGGAUACCAACAGUAGUUCGACACACAUGUCUCAGCUCUUUGCUUGGGAUAUCGAAGACGGUUCGAUCAGUCCACUUUGGCAUAACCAGACGGGAUCGGACCAAGUGGAAGCCGCGAACGCGCCAAGUGGAACUCCUAAUCCAGCUCACAAUGGAGGAUACGUAAUUGGGAGUGCUCCUUCGAUUAGCGCAACCAAUGCCGAGCAUUCUGCUCCCAACCAGUUCUCUAUGGUCUUCAGGGCCCAUCCGGUUCUGCCAUCAAAACCGGAAACUUCGACUGAAUCUACUAUUCUAGCUUUAAGUGCCACGAGCGAUUCCGAAGACUCGUCACAGAUCCCUCAGUCUCCUGAUGACGAUCUUGAUGACCAGAGUCCAAUUUCCGGAUCUGAUGAUGAUAAACAAAGUCCCUCUGAAAUCGCUGGGGUGGAUGAUGAAUCUUCCCAGGGAGGGACAGGGCAGAACGAACCAGCCCCCUCGACCACUGUGGAUCAGGGUGCAAGCCCACUUGCGACCUCUACUUUGGCGCCAGAGGCGAUGGGAGCAGAGAUUGUAACUUCAACAUUCACCAUGCUAGUAUCGCCUACUCGGUCUUUGGAUGCGGCUGGUGUUAUAAACUCAACAACUUCUAGUGAUGCUCCCUCUUCCACGACAAUGUAG